CAGCUAUCCUAGUGAGGACCUUCAUUGACAUAAUGGUUUCCCUAGCCCCUUACCCUAACCCUAACCCUAACCAUUAAAAAUGAAUGCCUAACCCUAAACCUAAACCUAACUCGUCAGCUCGUUUGCUUCACAGCAGGACGAUCAGCAGCAGACGUUCCUUCCUGUUCUUUCAUCUGACGCAAGAAUAACAAAGAAUCAAACACAGCGCGGUCCGGAGGAGUCAGCCUCGGAGCCUCCAAAGACCAAAGGGAACAUCCAGACUCUCAGCUGAGGCAUACAUUUAAAUACAAAUACCUUUGUCCACCUCAGACCUUAACAAGAAGAAGGCUUCCUUUUUAUUUGUCAUUACAGCUAACAAUGGCAAAUUGCUGCUGCAAUGAAAUCCUGAGGCUCAGAGCCCGUCAGCACUGACUUAUGUAAAUAAAGAAAAUGUAUGUUUAUAAAACAAGAGUGGAAUAAAUAAACACAGAUGAGUAAAAAUACUGUUAGAGUGUGGUGCAGAGGUAGUGCUGCAUACAUGUACAGUGUGUAUAGUGAUUGUGUAAAAGACACUGUUGUUGGGAAUAAAUAAUGUUUCAGUGCCUCAAUAAUGCUAUGCUUUUUAUUAAUAAGUGUUAUAAAGUUAUAUAGAGUAGUAUUAAGCUGACACAGCCCUGAAAAAUAAAGGCAUGAGACCGUGUGUCCUUGGGGAGUAGAAAGCUGCAGACUCUCGCUCACGCUUGCUUGGGAAAAAUGUAGAUAAGAGGAGACCGUCACUAGUGGAAAGUUACUGAGACACUGUUGUUUAGACUAGAAUGAGAGAGCUUCUGUAAUAAAACUGUCAGGGGCACACCAACACCACCAUUUUGAGAUCCGCAGCAGCGUGUCAUGCAGGACGCAUCUCCCUUCUAGACGUAAUGUGAAAGAGAAAUAAAGUGUUAAAUGGUCUACUGAGCAGUGUGUUGUCUUCCAUCGGAUGCCUCUGAGGAAUCAAAAGAACUCGGUGAAGUGUUGACAUUAACACUGUCCAAAACAUUUUCAACACCAGAGAAAUAACAAGGUUUACAAAGACAUCUCUAUACUUAUAACCCGUCUACUGGGGAAAAACAUCACGAACACAAAGAAGAAAAGGCCAAAAGAAAAGUAGUUUCAUAAAAUCAGUGAAAACACUGACAUAAAAAAAAACACAAGCUAAGAAAAAACCAUUCUGAACCAAGAAAAAGACCACACAGCUGUUUGUUUGUAUCCACACAAAAGUAUAACAACAACAACAACAACAACAAAAACAAUAAUAAUAAUGAUGAUGAUAAUAAUAAUAAUAAUAAUGACAAAUCCUUUUUCCCAUCCUGACGGGUGGCUCUGAACGCCUCUUGUGUGUGAUUGGCUGCUGAGGCUCGUGUCACCGCGGUGGGCGGGUCCUGCUGUAGCUGAAGAUGGCUGCUCCGUGCUGGGAUCAGCAGGUCUGAAGAGAACUGAACACGAUGACGUCAACGUGACCUCACGUGACGUUCAGCUGUCUGGCCUGUGUUAUGAUGCGUUCACUGUCUGGCCGUGUUGCAGGUGUCCGCGAUGUCCAGGGAGCAGGCGAGCAUCAGCGAGCUCCUGCUCUCACUGGACAGUUCAGAGCUGCAGGAGGCGGAGCGAGUGAGAGCCGCAGUCAACCAGCAGCUGAGUACAGACAAAGGGGGCGCUGUCCUCUCCUCUGUGGUGGAGUACUACCUGGACUCGUCAUCUUCUCAGGCCCUGCUCCUCCUCUCCUCCAUCAGGGAGCCGCAUCACAAAGUGCUACUGGAGAAGCUCAACGAGUCUGUGAGUCGAUCCGGGACCAGGCUGGGCGCCCUCACCCUGCUGGGUCACAUGAUCAGGAAACAGCUGCCGUGGGUUCAUCACAUCAGCCGCUCGCCGCUGCUGCUCUCACUGCUGCGCUGCCUCAAGACGGACAGCGAUGUGGUCGUGCUUAUCACGGGAGUCUUGGUCCUGGUCACUCUGUUACCCAUGAUUCCUCAGGCUGGGAAGCAGCACAUCAACGACUUCUUCGACGUGUUUGGGCGCCUUGCAUCCCGCAGCUGCAGAAACCCAGGUCAUGAGCCCGUGGCCCACCUGGUGCACCUCCAUGCCGGUACGUACUCGCUGUUCCACCGCCUGUAUGGGAUGUUCCCCUGUAGCUUCAUCUCCUACCUGCGGCUGCACUACAGCAUGAAGGAGAACCUGGACACCUUCCAGGAGGUGAUCAAGCCGAUGUUGGAACACGUCCGGGUUCACCCAGAGCUCAUUACAGGCACUCAGGACUACGAACUGGACCCGUCCAGGUGGAGGUGUUACGAAGUCCAUGACAUUGUGAUCGAGUGCUCCAGAGUGUCCCUGGAUCCUCUGGAGUCUUCGUGCGAGGAGGACGUUUACUGCUCGUCCUCCUCUUUGAUCACACCUCUCCCCCUGACUGUCCUCCCUCACCUGGACCUCACCUGCAGUCCUCCGGUCACAGAUGCUGUCAGCAGCUCAGGAAGUUCAGUCUGUCCUUCGGGAUCCAGAUGUGUGCCUCAGCUGAACCCGACCGCCACCUGCACGCAGCCUGACGACGUCACAUGGAGCCCCACCAUACACUGUGGUUUGUCCACACCCCCUUCUGAACGCACUGCUUUAGGCUCCACCCACCCACUGAGCAGGAGCACCUCCAUCUCAGGUGAGAAAUUGCCUUCAUCAGCCUCCAUUCUUGAGGCUCCUCCCACUAAGGACCCCGACUGCAGCCAGGUGAGGACGGUCAAAGAUGGGGAGGGGUCAACCUGUCAGCCAAUCACUGAGGGGGAGGAGCGAGGCCUGAGUGACCUCGUUAACAACAACAGAGAAGAUGUUAAAGACGAGUCCCAGCAGCCUUUGCCCCGCCUCCUCACCUCCACCCCCACUCAGGCUUCAGGUGUCCCCCUGCCUCCCUCCUUCACCACUCCUCACCCCAGAUUUGAAGAGCCAGGCUCCGCCCUCUCGGACUACAGCCCCAGCUCUCCGUAUGACCCGCUGUUUGAGCUCGCUCUGCCCCGGGCGGCCAUGCUGUUCGUUGGGAAGACGACCCAGGAGGUGCUGGAGAAGAAGGGGGGAGGACCACAGAGGGAGAACAGAGAGGAGGAGGUGACCUCUGUCUCCCCUCUGAAGGUUUUGGACCAGCUGAUCGCCCGUGGAAACGACGCCCAUGAUUGCCUCAGCAGGAGGUUAUCAGCCGGGAGUAAGUCGGUGGAUCGGAGUCACUUUGGAGGUAAACAGCAGAGCAUGAAAAGCAAAGGCUCCACCCAGGAGGAGGAGCUUCAGUCUCUGACCAAUCAGCUGCUGCUCGUCCACGCUCAGCUCCAGUACGAGCGCUUCAAGCGGCAACAGCAUGCCAUCCGAAACCGCCGGCUGUUGCGGAGGGUCAUCAACACCACAGCGCUGGAGGAGCAGAGCGCUGCCAUGAAGUCUCAGCUCGGCGUUCAGGACGAGGAGAUCCGGAGUCUGAGGGCGAGUCUGGACGAGGAGCAGCGUCGAUACUCGGAGCUGCAGCGCGAGACACACACACGCAGCGAGCAGCUGCACACACACAUCGCACAUCUGCUGCAGUUGCAACGAGAUGAGCAGAGAGAGAGCCAGAGACUGCAGGGUGAGCUGCAGGAGUGCCAGAGUGGACUGCAGGAUCUGGAGGCGGAGCUUCAGAAAGCCAAUUACAGGGCGUAUAAUGCUGAGCACCAGCUGACCCAGCUGUCACUCAAGCUGUGCAGCAGUGAGCAGCUGCAUCAACAGAUGUUCCUGCUGAACCAGCAGCUGGUCCUGCUCGGAGAGACCAACAAAGCUCUGCAGCAACAGCUGGAGGGUGGAGAGACACAGCGCUGCACGGAGGCGUCCAUGCUGCAGUGCAGCGUGGGUAAGGAGUUCCUGAGGCUGAAGGACAACGAUGUCCAGCAGAGACAGAAGCUGGAAGCAGCCAAUCACAGGAUCACUGAGCUGGAGAGCCAGCUGGCCAGGAAAGACCAGCUGAUCCUGAGCCAGAAAAAACUGCUGGAGGACACCAAGAACCAGAACAGGGCGGAGCUGUCGGCAUCGGAGAGCCGCUGUGCUGCUCUGAGGAGAGUUACUCAGGCGCUGCAGACCGAGAUGCUUCAGCUGUACGGUCAGAUCGCGGGAGGCGGGGCUCACCCAGACGGUGAGCCGCGGGACAUCAGCAGAUCCGACGGCGGAGCCUUACCUGAUGCUCAGGGAAGCCAAAAGUCCCUCCCCCCGUCUUCUUCUGCUGUUGGGAUCAUGAACGGAGCAGUGGAGGUCCUUUCCACCUCCCCCGUGUCCCUCUCACUCUCCCCCAUCGACUCCCCGCUGGCUGUCGGCUCCUUCCUGGAGCAACGAGCCCGACAGCUGUUCAGACCCACAGAUCAGAACCAGGAGGCGGAGGUCGGGGGGAAGGAGGAGGAGGAGGAGGAGGUGAAUAUCCAGCCAGCAAGCCCUCCACUCGGUCAGGAGGUGGAGGAGGCCACACUCCUUGUAGGAAGUCCUCAGACUGAGCCGCUGAGCCGAGCCGCAGACCCCGUCGUGGCCCCCGUAGACCUGACACUCACCGUCCAACAGAGGAGACACGAACUGAGCAUCAUGGACUACGACGAGACACUGCCCGACAUCUGAGGGAGGAGGAGGUGGGCGGAGACCGCCAACGAGUUUGUUCACCUGUGUUCAGUUACCUGAAACUCAAUAGGGGGGGUCCUUGGGGCUCCGCCCUCACUCUGGAAAAGAGCAAUAAAGAUAAUAAUGAUAAGGCAAUAAGCAGGCUGAUCCAAGAUCAGCAAACUUUCAGUAACGAUUGUUAUUUAUUAGGGGAACUAAAUCUACAGCUAGCCUGGCUAGCAUCCACAAACAAAAAUGCCCUCUAAUAAGUAGCAUCCAAUCAAAAGGACAGUCGCUCCUAUCCAGUGCUGAUGGGAGUGGUCUGUUGGGCGGUCUGCUAGUGCCGCCAUAAUCUCAGCCAUAGUAGUAAUCCAUAGUUAUAAUAAAAGGAGUCAAGUUCAGGGACUCCAGUUAGCUGAGGUGAAGCCUCGCAGAUAGCUACCAGCUACAGCCGCCUGCGUCAGCCAAUUGUUGUGGAAGUUUUCCAUUAAAUAAAGCCUGCAGACGAGCGGUGAGCGGUAGCUAACAUUCUUUAAUCCAAACACACAAAGAACAGAAAACCAAGCUUGUGGAGAGCCUGCAUGACCGCGGGGCAGGGUCAGCAGAGUCUCACUGAGCCUAGCAUGGCUCUCAGUUAAAUACCUUCCACAGGAACAAAAGGCAGUACAGCUGUUUCACACCUUAAGGUUCACACCUUUGUUCAUCUUUAAUCCUCCCCACAAUCUAAGCUCUCACAUGCAAAUGGCAACAACAAUGAUACAGAGGAAAGGUCUUCUCCAGAGUGUCAAAGUACGUUGCAUGGCAAAGUGAAGCAGCAUUAGGUGGUCAUUCCCAGUCACAGUCAUGGCUCCAGGUGUCUGUGCCAUUUACAGAGUCAUAAUUCCAACGCUGAUCUUCCUCUGUGCUGUCACUUUUGGAGCUUGGCACGCUCUCUUCAUCCCUCGAUUUCUGUUCCAACGCAGCUGUAGAUUUAAGGCAGAGCACGUCGUACACCUUAGUUGUCUUCCUCAACGUCAACGGCGAAACUCUUUCAUUUUAUUUUAAGAUUUUGCUGUUCAAAAUCUCGUGACAAUCCUUUGGAAGCCCAGUGGUGCAGCCCACUGUCGUUUGUCAGCUGUCCUGCAGAUGGUCCCUGCUCUCACUGGUCCUGGUGAAGCCUUCUCUCCUGGUCAUGGUCUGUAUCUGCACCUCAGUCAAUCCUUCCAUAUCCCUCAUGUCACGGUCCCUGAAAUUUAAAAAUGAAAGCUCCCCGGAAAACCCUCUUGUCAGCUUAGCACAAUUAGACAUGCCCAAUAAUGGUGUGCAUUGUCUCUUAAAAAUUCCCAGGGCUUCUACCCUGGAGUAGUUUCACUCCAGGCCCUGACUUAAGAAAAGGUAAAACAUUAGCCAGUGGUGUGUCCUGCUGUAAAUCAUGUGAUUGGAUCAUAUGAUUAACCCUCUGCUGUGGAAAAAAUUAGAUGUUAGCGCAGCGCAUCUGUAUGCACACUUUCUCACAGUGACCUCUGCACUGUAAACAAUACAAGGUCAUGAAUAACACACCGCUGGUAAAUUCAAAGACACAGAAAGUGGAAAUUAAGAGGUUUCAGCACGGCCCAAAAGCUCAUGCAACCUGUUGCUGUCACCUUUCUGCUCCUGUAAAAAAAAAAAAAAAAAA